AUGGCGGCAAGAACCGGCGCGCGCGGCCAGCCCCAGCGGCACCUCGUCGUCCUGGCAGCGCUCCUGCUCUGCGCGGCGUGCGCCGCCGACGCGCUCCAGGCGUCAUCCAUCUCCGCGGCGCCGGCAUCGUCGCCGUCGCCGUCGCACUCGCUGCCGCGCCACGGUGGCCACCACCCCAGCAUCCCGCCGUCGCUGUCCCCGGACAUAAUGCCGCUGCUCCCGUCCCCGGGCCCCGGCGACGACGCGCUGGCGCCGUCCUACGCGGCGGCCACCAUCCCGUCCAGCCCGAGCCCGCCCAACCCCGACGCGCUCGAGCCCGACUCCGCAUUCGCGCCCUUCGGCUCCGCCGCGCCCGCCACUGUCGCUGCCCAGUCCCACGCGCCCCGGCCGGCGGCCCCGCGCGUCGCGUGGGCGGCGCUCUCGGCCCUGGGGCUCGUGGCCGCCAUGUGGUUGGCCUAG